GCCUCAACUCCGUGUUGUAAACACUUCCUCCUUUGCUUCUUACUGCUUGUUGAUUUUUGUAAUCCUUCGCAGUCCAUUCAGAAGCGAACAUGUCACAUCAAACAGGAAUUACAGCAAAUUCUGAACUCAGGACGUUUUUAGCCUCUUCCAAGGAUGGGAGCGUAAGACUUAUCAAAGUUGCUAUAGAAGAUGAAGAGCUUGUGUAUGCAGAUUCAAGUGCACCAAAUGGAUCAUGGGAAGAUGAUUAUGAUGCCUUGGUGCUGCCGUUGCUGGACGAGAAAAUGCCCUGUUUCAUCUUGUACAGGUUUGACUCACAGAACAGUGCAGGAUAUGAAUGGCUCUUCAUCUCAUGGUCUCCGGAUUUCGCUGCUGUGAGACAGAAGAUGUUGUAUGCUGCGACCAGGGCCACUAUGAAGUCUCAGUUUGGAGGUGGCCAGAUAAAAGAUGAACUGUUUGGUACUGUUGUGAGUGAUGUCAACUUGAGUGGCUACAGGAAGCAUGUGCAGGCAGCUCAGGCCCCUGCCCCACUCACCAUGGCAGAGGAAGAACUAAAGCUCAUCAAGCAAAAUGAGGUGAAUGCCCACAUCCAUGUGGAAACCAAGUCUCAAACUAUGCAGGGUGUGGCCUUUCCUCUCACCCCAGAUGCCGAGAAUGCAGUCGUUACUUUCCGAGAUGGAGCCAUCAAUUAUGUACAACUGUGCCUUGACCUUGAAAAAGAAGUUGUGGAGGCAGCCUCGUCGGACACCAUUCGGGUGAAUCAGCUGAUAUCCCGCGUGCCCACCGAGAGUGCCCGCUACCACAUGUUCCGUUUCAGUCACACACACGAGGGAGACGCCAUGGACAGUGUUGUGUUCAUCUAUUCCAUGCCUGGCUAUAAGUGCUCCAUCCGAGAGAGAAUGCUGUACUCCAGUUGCAAGGCUCCCCUCUGUGAUCAGCUGGCCGCUGCUGGUAUAGAGAUAGAGAAAAAAAUUGAAGUGGACGACCCUUCAGAAUUGACCGAAGAGUUCAUCUACGAUGAGAUCCACCCAAAGAAAAACGUCGCACGACAGGCGUUUGCCAAACCUAAGGGUCCGGCCGGCCGUGGUCCCAAAAGGAUGACAAGGCCAAAGGAAUAAUUGUAUUACUUGUGCUCCCAAAUCCCUCCUCUCUGAACUUGUUGAUGAAGAAUUGUUUUUAUUUUUAUCUAAUAAAAAUGGUGAUCCAAGAUGUUGUGGGUUUA